AAUGGGCCUACUAGCAUAUUUUCCCGUGUAAUGAUAGAAUAAUGCUUGUUUUGCUGCCCCGUCAGUCCGACAGUCAGUCAGUGGUCGUGUUUACAUCCCUAGUGACUGCCAGCUCACCCUUCACCACAGGUUUUUGAUAUUAGUUCGCUCAUACCCAGUCAUGUCAGAGAAACUACAGGAUAACCCAUUUGCUGCACUCUUCUCAUCAGUAAAGGAUGCUGAGCAGUUCAGCCAACAGCACCUGCCCAGCAAGACACAGCCACCCACCAGCAAGGAGCAAGUCCACAAAAGUGAGAAUGACAACACAGUCUCCUUCCUGGAGCACCUGCUGCUGGUCACAACAAGGGGGGAGUGGCCUCACACUGCACCACGUGUUCUGCUUCCUUCCACUGAUCCACUCACGGUGGACAGCUUUCCUUUGUUGCUCUUCACCCGGCUGCUACUCGAUCCCUCAGACAUUGAGUUGGUGGGGCCUCAAGGGGAGGGAGGGGAUGAGGCUGCCCAGAGUGAGGUGGUGGUGUACCUGAGUGAGGUGUUCAGCAGGUGCUGGGCUACACGGGACAGGCCAGGUCACAUUGCCAGGAAGGUGAUGGAGGCAGUGGUGACCAACCUAGCCACAGCAUUAGAACAGCCUGAGCUGUACCCAAGCCAAAAGGUGGAGCAGCAGAUGCUACGUGUACUGCAACAGGGCCUUGGUCGGGAGGGUGCUGUGGAGGAUCUCGCACGGAACUUAGUCACUCAUAUAUCCAAAGAGAGAGCAGCUGCCCCACCCAGAGUGUUUGAGCAGCUCCUGGCAGAGGUCACCACUAAGUUGGGAUCCUGCUCUCUCAUGGGUGUUGAUUUCAGCCUGAUAGAGAUUUUAGAGUUCUAUGCUACACUGCCCCUUCUUGCUCCACUGCUCACCAGAAUCCCUCCAGAGCAGGAAACAAGGAUGGGACGAAGCUUCCACAAGACACCUCUUGGCAGCCUCCUCUCCAUCUCCAGCCUGCCUGAUCAUGCUGGCCUGCCUUCACCCUUCUUUGACAAACCAUCUUCCAAGCCAGGCCACAUUCACAAGGACACUGAGAAAAGCAUCUGGCUGGCACAAAGAAACAUCAAUAUUCGUAUUCACAAGAUCUUUUACAAACUCCUGAAGGUGUCAUCACAAGCAAAAGAUGGGCUGCUGUCAUGGUUAGAGUCCUGCCUUCAGGCCAACCGUGGGCGGGCAGGGAUUUGGCACCUGCAGGGGAUUGAAGGAGGGCUGCAGUCCAUCUAUGCCUCAGACGGAUUCAUGAUAAACCUUGGAGCUGUGAUGCUUCAGCUGGCACAGCCUUUCACUCAGGAUGUCAAGACAGCCAAGAUACUUAAGGUGGAUCCCACAUACUGCAAAGCUCGUCCAAUGAGGGAAGAGGGGGGAGUGCCUGGAGCUUACACAAAAGGCUUUGAGAACCUAAGCACUCUGGUACCUCACUCAGAGGAGGACUCUGUGCUGCCUAACUCCCAACAGUACUCCUUCAUCAGUUCCUGCUUCUUCUUGACACACCGAGCAUUGCACCUUGGAAUGCAGGUUGCACAACAGAAGCUAUCCAAGUUGUCUCAAGAACUGGGACGGUUACACCAGAAUGAGGCUGUAGCAGAAGUGAUGCAACCCUACGUGGAGGCACGCACCGCUGACCUCCUCUCCCUCAAGGCAGCACUGUUUGAACCCCACUUGACAGAGAGCUUGCUGCAGUUCCUUGGAUCCACAACUGAAUGGAUGGUACAGAUCUCACUCAGCCCCACAAAUCAGCUCACUCCACCCACCACUCUGAAGGAGGUCACACUGCCACUUCCAGAUGAGGAAGAGGAAAUGCCUCAUCCAUUCCUACAGUGCAUUCCUGAAUUCUUGGUAGAGAACCUCACAGAAGCCAUCAGUUCUGUGCGGCAUUACACAGCAGGGCUUCUUGAUGCUGCAGGAGACAGUGCUAUCCUUUCCCAACUUAUGUCAUUCAUUGUGGUGUUCAUGGGCUCUUCCAAGCGCAUGAGCAACCCACAUCUACGUGCCCAGCUUGCUAGUUGUCUUGAGAUCCUCCUGCCAGAAAGUAAAAACUCUUCUGGUGGACUCCUAAUCGGUCUUCAAGAGCAGCUGUUCCAAAGUCACCCACUCUCCAGCCAGUUGGUGUCUACUCUGCUCAAUGUAUUUGUCAGUAUAGAGAUGACUGGCCAGAAUGUUGCAUUUGAGGAGAAGUUUGGAUAUAGGCGACCUAUGUACGAGGUCAUGAAGUACCUGUGGGAGCUGCCACAUCACCGCCAGAAGUUCACUGAGCUGGCGACUGAGGCACUAUCCAACAUGGAGUCUGCCAGGCCUCCGCUGUUCCUGAGAUUUGUUAAUCUUCUUAUCAAUGAUGCUAUUUACUUGCUGGAUGAGGGUCUUUCUUACAUGUCACAGCUAAGGGAGUCCCAAAAGGAAAGAGAUGGAGGGGAGUGGGACAGCCUGACACCUGCGCAGCGUGAGUCAAGGGAACGCAGCUUUCAGAACAUGAUGCUUUUGGCUCGCUUCCAUAACAAUCUAGGUUCUCACACCAUCCAGAUCCUCAUUCGACUCACCAAAGAGAUUCCACAGAUGUUCACCCACAGCACUCUGGUUGACCGAAUGGCUGCCAUGCUUAACUACUUCCUCUCCACCCUAGUAGGACCCAAGCAACGUAACCUCAAGGUUCGCUACAUGGAGAAGUACGAAUUCCGGCCAGGAGAGAUGGUGUCUGACAUCUGUACAAUAUACACACAUCUCUUUGCCAACUCCUCCUUCUGUCUCGCUGUUUCUUCUGAUGGACGAUCUUACACGCCUCAGCUGUUCUCCCAAGCCUCAGAUGUCUUGUGUCGAGUUGGACGAGGACUUCUAGCUGAGGAGAUGCAAGAAGUUGGCCAUGCUGUUGUUGCUGCAGGCAAGGCACAGGCUGAGGAUGACGACAUUGCAGCAGAAGCACCAGAGGAGUUCCUGGAUCCUAUCAUGUCUCACUUGAUGACAGACCCAGUCAUCCUGCCAUCCUCCAAGUUAACAGUUGAUCGACAGACCAUUGCACGCCACCUGCUCUCUGAUCAGAUAGAUCCAUUCAACCGGCAGCCGCUGACUAUGGAGGAGGUGGUGCCCAACACAGAACUCAAGAUCCGUAUCACCCAGUGGCUGGAAGAGAAGCGCACUCAGAGAGCAGCUCUGUCGCAGAUACCAAAGCCUCAAUAGACAAUUAAUUUUUGUUGAAUUUAUUUUUAAUAGCUUUUUUUUUUUUUUUUUUUUUUUUUUACAUACAAAAAAGAUGGUCACCAUGACUGACAAGUGCUCUGCUGUGCCACUGCAGGUUGGUGGCCAGCAGCUUGGCACAGUCCUUGGGAACUGGAAUUCUGUUUUUUGCCCUUGUUUCAGAGUUGUUAAAAUAUAUGUUACAAGUUUACA